AUGGAAAAGCAUGUUAGUAUACCUAAUUAUGAAAUCCUUAGGGUUAUAGGUUCUGGAGCUUUUGGUAUUGUGUUGCUAUUAAUUCAAAGGAUAUGUUUUCGAAGCUUUUGAUACAAAAAGUCACUAAAAAGUAGCCUUAAAAAGAAUGUAAAAAGUUGGCAAAAUUUCAAGCAGAGAAUGUGAUAUAUUAAUAUAACUAAAAGCUUGUCCUAAUGUUAUUAAAUUGCUAGUAUAUAAUAUAAAAUAAUAAGGAUGUUUUCUAUAGCAGAAGUGAAGACAAUAAAAUGGUAUAAAAUAUCAUACUAGAAUUUAUGGAUCAAAAUUUAGAAAACAUUAUUAUAGAUCAUAAAAAAAGAAAAGAUUAUUUCGAUUCUAAAACUCUCAAAAACUAUCUCUAUUAGAUAUUAAAAGGUCUAGAUUAGAUUCACAGAAAAUGUAUUGCACAUAGAGAUUUAAAACCGUAAAUUAUUGAUUGUAAAGAAAUAGAGAAAAUAUUUUGAUUCAGGAUGGAAUUCUAAAGUUGUGCGAUUUUGGAAGUGCUAAAGAAAUAACUGGAACAACUAUGAAUACUCCUUAUAUUGUUUCAAGAUUUUAUAGAGCGCCUGAAUUAUUGUUGGGUGUUACCAAUUAUACUGAAUCUAUUGAUAUUUGGGCAUUUGGUUGUAUUAUGGCUGAAUUAGCAUUAUUGGAACCCUUUUUCAUUGGAAAAUCAGAAGGAGAUCAAUUAUUUUAGAUUCUAAAAAUUAUGGGAUCUUUUUCUGAAGAAGAUCUAAAAUAUUUUGAGAAAGUUGUUCCAUUUGAUAUCAAUUUAUUUCAUGAGUUUCCUGAAUAUAAAGCAAUCAAUUUAAAUAAGAGAUUUUAUAAUGUAGAUGAUUAAGCAAAUUUUGUAGACUUACUCAAGUAUUUUUAUACAUUAAUUAUAAUUAGAAAAUUACUGAAAUAUAUACCAGAAUAAAGACUUACUGCUAAUUAAGCUUUGCAACACUAAUAUUUUAAAGAUAUAAUAGAUUAGUGA